AUGAACAAGUUAAUCUUACUAAUAAGUCUUUAUCUGCUUGGAUCUGCCAGAGAAGCAUCAGGCAAGCCUGAUGAGUCUCUUGGCUCUAUGGCUCACCAAGCUUCAAUUCAGCAACUGUCAGGUGAGUACUUCUCACUUGGAAACCCUUCACACAUUGAUGCUUUAUAUGAGACUUCAGGCAAGAAUGCUUUGAGUGAGCAUGGCUCCACUGAGCAUGCUACAAUCGAGCAUGGUUCAACUGAGCAUGCUACAAUGGAGCACAGUUCAACCGAGCACGCUACAAUGGAGCACGCAUUUACUGAGCGUGCUUCAAGUGAGCACUUUUCAAGUGAACACAAUUCAGGUGACCAGUCUUCAGGUGAUAAGUCUGCAAGUGACCAGUCUUCGGGUGACCAGUCUUCAGGUGAACACACUUCAGUUGACCAAUCUUCAAGUGACCAAUCUUCGGGUGAACAUUCUUCAGAACAAUCUCCAGGUGAACAAUCUUCAGUUGAACAGCUUGCAGGAGAAAAGGGUAUGGGUGAACAGUCUUCAGGUGAACAGUCUUCGAGUGAACAGUCUUCGAAUGACAAGAUUUCGACUGAACAGCUUUUGAGUGAACAGCCUUCAAGUACUCCACUUGCAAGCACUUCAGUGGGCUCAGCAUUAAAUUGCCACACAUGUGCAUAUAUGAAUGAUCAAGGAAAAUGUCUUCGUGGAGAGGGAGUCUGUACCACUCAGAAUUCCCAGCAGUGCAUGUUAAAGAAGAUCUAUGAAGCUGGAAAACUCCAAUUCAUGGUUCAGGGGUGCGAGAACAUGUGCCCAUCUAUGAACCUCUUUUCCCAUGGAACCAGGAUGCAAAUUAUAUGCUGUCGGAACCAACCUUUCUGCAACAAGACCUAG